UUCUUGACUGUUUACAUUGACGCAUGUUCUGAUUUUGUUUUGUUUACUGGACUAUUUCAUUUAUUUUUCAGAUCUAUCCUAAUCUUAUUGUUUCUUUUUCAAAGGUGCAACAAUGUCUGACGAGUAAGUUCUUUCUUCAAACAGGUUUAAAGUUUGUUUUUCGAUAGUGUUUGUUAGCCUAUCAAAGAUUUUUGUUUCAGAAUAAUAACAUUGCUUGUAUUUCUGAUUUCUUUUGUCCAACAAAAUCCAUGUGGCGAUCAAAGUGAUUACAUGCCACCCCCGAUUGCCCCCAAGGGAGAGCCAAAGCCCAAAUGCAAGAUUUCGGCCUCUCGCAAGCUAUCGUUGAAGAUCCUGUUACUGACUCGUGCAACAGAACAACUGGAGGCAGAGACAAUUGCUAGAGAGGAAAAUAAGGUUCAGUACCUGGGAGAGAAUCUUCCACCGCUCCAGCUCUCCGGUUUGGAAUUGGGGGAAAUUCAGAAACUCUGUAAGCAACUUCAUGAAAAGAUUGAUAAGGUGGACGAGGAUCGGUACGACUGUGAGGCCAAAGUCAUCAAGAACAACAGAGAUAUCCACGAAUUGAAUCUAAAGGUGCGUGACCUCGGAGGGAAGUUCAAGAAGCCAGCUCUUAGAAAAGUGAGAGUGUCUGCAGACGAGAUGCUUAAGGCUCUCUUCGGGUCCAAAAACAAGGGCUCCAUGGACCUGAGGGCAAACCUCAAGUCUGUAAAGAAAGAGGACAUCAAACAGGAGAAGGAACUGAACAACGAGGUGGGUGACUGGCGUAAAAACGUGGAGGCUAUGUCUGAUAUGAAGGGCAGGAAGAAGAUGUUUGAUGCAUAAGGGAUAGAAGAACCGAGGGAAAAUUGGUACAACAAAUACAUAUUUAUACAUAAUGUUAAAAAAGAUUCUGCUGUUGUUUUGUCAAAAGUAUAAUAAUCAGUAUAACUUUCAAGUGCCUGUAGUUUUUAACAUAUAUUCAAAUUCAGAGUUGUGAAUUCACAGUACUGCCUGAUAAUGUUGUUAUGUAAAAGAAAACAAUAAAUGUGUACAUAUUGCCUCUC